UACAUAGCUAGACGUUUUGGGGAAAGAUUCAUUCAUUGCUACUAUGAGGUGAAUAAAAAGCAUGAAAUUCACUCUCAACUCUGAGUAUAUUUCUCUGGCGGCGAAGGUGGAAUUCUGCUGAGCUAACUGCCAUGCACAGCACCACAGCACCACCGCCUGCCACCCCGCUGCAUCGCACCGUGCAUCCAGGCUUCAGCUCCGGGACCCAAGGAACUCAGAAUGGCAACUGACAGCAGCUUCUCACUGUUCAACACAGAAUCAGGAGACUGGGAAGGGUACGCCACCCGUUUCAACUUCCUCCUGGAAACUAAAGAGGUCACCAACAAUACCAAGAAGAGGGCGACAUUCUUCAGCGUCUGCAGAGAGGGGAUCUUUGAAAUUGCCCGGAUCCCCCAAGGGUCCAGUCCAGUCCUGGGAGUCUGCCCAAGCACCAUGGUCACACCUGCAGAUGGCAUUCACGGGCCCCUUCCAGAGAAAAACAUUCUUCAUAGUGGUGGACUCCUACACCAAAUGGCUGGAGGUUGCACUGCAGGUUUGUUAAAAAGAAGAUGGCGUCUUCCAGAACACAGGAAACAAGUGAAAACAAACCACCUCAGAAAUAUCUCAAAGAAAGUAACCUUGUAAAAAAGGGUGACCCUUCUGUUUAUAAAUUAAAACUGAAAACAGAGUCUGAAACAUCUCCAAAGUACCAUCUAGGCAAAGAGAAUUUGCAGAUCACCAACAAAGUGAUCAUGAUGAUGGGAGCGUCUGGAUCAGGGAAAACCACUCUCAUCAAUGGGAUGAUCAACUACAUCCUGGGCGUGCAAUGGGGAGACGAAUUCCGGUUCAAACUUAUCGAUGAAGUGACUGGCAGAAACCAAGUGGAAAGCCAGACAUCUGAAGUGAUGGCUUAUGUGGUGAACCAUCAAGAGGGUCUGAAGAUCCCUUGCUCUCUCACUUUUGUUGACACUCCAGGAUUCGGAGACACGAGAGGAAGAGAGCAGGACAAAAACUUAGUGGAGAAGAUCCGUGAGUUUUUCUCCAUCCCAGGAGGGAUCGACCACAUCGAUUGUGUCUGCUUUGUGGUCAAGGCUUCCACAAACCGCUUAACAGCAGCCGAGAAAUACGUCUUUGAUUCCGUGCUCUCCAUCUUUGGGAAAGAUAUCAAGGAGAACAUCCAGUUCCUGACCACCUUUGCAGAUUCACAGACUCCCCUGGUCCUUGAGGCCAUUAAGACGGCCAACGUUCCAUGCGCCAAAGAUGGCAAGGGGAACCCCGUGCAUUUCAAAUUCAACAAUUCCGCCCUGUUUGCCAACAAUGUCGUGGGGGAUGGGGAGAGCCCUAACUUUGACGAAAUGUUUUGGAAAAUGGGUAUGAACAACAUGAAGACCUACUUUGACUCGCUAAGCAAACUGAAUGCGAAGAGUUUGUCUUUGACGAAGGAAGUUCUCAGGGAGCGGAAAGAGUUGGAGACAGUUGUGCAGGGCCUGCUCCCCCAGAUCAAAACUGCGCUGGUCAAACUGGAAGAACUGAAGCAAACAGAACAAGCCCUUGACCAUCACCAAGCUGACAUGGCGGCCAACAAAGAUUUUGAGUAUGAGUUCACAGUCACCGUCAAAGUGAAGCAAGACCUCUCUGGAGCUCAUCAAUAUGCAACCAACUGCAAGAACUGCGAGUUCACCUGCCACUAUCCUUGCAGGGGUACCUGGGACCUGCUGAACCGCUUUUGCUCCGCUAUCAGUUUCUUCUCAGGAAAAUGCAACAUUUGUCCUGGCAAGUGCUCAGUCAGUGACCACUGCACCCAGGAUUUCCUAUUUAAGGACGAAAUAAGGAAAGAGAAGAAGAGCUAUGCAGAGCUGAAGAAAAAGUAUGAGCACACCUGCCAUGGGGUUUUGACAGCAGAGGAGGUGCUUCGGCUCCUCAGCCAGGAGUGCAUCGAGGUGAGAGAGAAUCUGAUCAAAAACAUCAAGAGAGCGUCUCAAAGCCUGCGACGCCUGCAGGAAAUUGCCCUGAAGCCCAACCCACUCUCCACCCCAGAAUACAUUGACAUGCUCAUUGUGUCCGAAGAGGAGGAACGCAAGCUUGGAUAUCAGAAAAGGAUCCAGUUGCUCAAGGACGUGAAGAAAGAAGCAGAAGAUUGUGAAGAAGGAGGAUCUGCUGCCAGAGGAGGAGAAGAUGAUGAUGAGCGAACGGGGGGCCAAAGGAAAAUUCCUCUUGACAUCCAGAUAUUGGAACAGAAUGGUGAUGAAUAUUCUCUCUAAAUGCAGGGUAAACACAGCAGCUCCUGUUCAGCCUGAGAUCUCUGUAUAAGCAGCCCCCCCCCCCAUAACCUUUUUGCUAAGUACAGGGACUCUGAGGCUAUAUACACACUGACCUGUUUAACAUUAUUAGAACAAUAUCAGAUAUACUGUUCUAAAAUGUCACAGGGCAGACUUGGAAAAGCAAUGUGUUUCUGCCCCCCCCCAAUGAUCUUUAUUGUUAAUAUAGAAGAGAAGAAGAGUUUGGAUUUGAU